CGGGGCCCAGCACGCUCCCCUUGAGGCCUGUGCCCACAUCCCUGUCCUGUGCAGCCCCUGCCCGCCCGGCCAGGGCCCGGCGUCUGCCCGUGGAUGAGCCACAGGACUUCCUCCACCUUCAGAGCGGAGAGAAGUUUCCACUCCUCCUCCUCCUCUUCAUCCUCAGCCUCCUGCGCCCUCCCGGCCCAGGAUCCACCCAUGGAGAAGACCUUGAGCAUGUUUUCCGAGGAUUUUGGGAGCUUCAUGAGGCCCCACUCAGAGCCCCUGGCCUUCCCAGCCCGUCCCGGGGGUCAGGGCAACGUCAAGACCCUCGGAGAUGCCUACGAGUUUGCAGUGGAUGUGAGAGACUUCUCACCUGAAGACAUCAUCGUCACCACCUCCAACAACCACAUCGAGGUGCGGGCUGAGAAGCUGGCGGCCGAUGGUACGGUCAUGAACACCUUCGCUCACAAGUGCCAGCUGCCUGAGGAUGUGGACCCGACAUCGGUGACCUCAGCCCUGCGGGAGGAUGGCAGCCUCACCAUCCGGGCCCGACGUCAGCCGCACACAGAGCACGUCCAGCAGACCUUCCGGACGGAGAUAAAAAUCUGAGGGCCUCCUGGUGCCCCUUCCUUUCCCGCACCCCCUCCUCCCCCACUGGCCUGCCAGCAAAGUCUUCCUGCCCUUCCCCAACAACCCCCAGGACAUCUCAGCCCAGGUUCCAGCCCCUGACAGCCCCCAGACCCCAGGUGGGUCAUUCCCCUCAACUAGGGCCCUUCAUUCUGUCCAGGCCACAACAGGGACUGCCUUGCCUCACCUGUGGCCCCCAGACUCCAGAUAUGGCCUCCCUCGAUCCUAAAUAGAGGGAUUGUGGGGGGAGGGAGGUCCCAAAGAACCCACUUUAGGGAAGGGGGUGGGGGCUAGGCAGGGCCCCUGGACAAACAAUCUGCAGGGCAGACAGACAGACAGACAAAUCCUUGGAUCUGUGGAGUCUCUGCAGGGCAGGGGCAGGGGACUGGGGACCCCAAUGGCCAAGGAGGGUGGGAGAGGCAGAGGGAAGGUCACAGAGGUGCCUGUCUGAGUGGAACUGCCCAAUGGCCCAGGGAGGCCGGGAGACAGCCAUGAAGGUAAACCUCCCCUCCGUCACUCCCAAGCCCCAAACCAGCUGGCAGGCUGCCUGCCCGCCUGUGCCCUGUGCCCCCAGCCAGCCAGCUGUGCCAGGGCAGGGCCACCUUACAUCUGUGUAGAGCUGGGUUUUUCCAAUACAGUUGGUUCGUGAUAAA